GAAACCCGCAGCCCAAUCCGGGACACAACUGUGGCCUCCUGGACUCCAGCAGUCUGUUUCUGUGGCAAAGCUCCUCCUGCACCAAGAAAAUGGGCUACAUCUGCUACAAGGGCGGCGCCCCGCUGGCUCCUCCUCAGGUUGAGGAGGGAUUCUGCUCAGACCCCUGGAUCCCCUACAACGGACACUGUUUCCACCUUCACCGCACACCGCUGGCAUGGACAGACGCCCAAAGAGAGUGCCGCAAGGAGGGCGGGGACCUGAGCAGCAUGUACAACGUGGAGGACCAAAGCUUCGUCAUCUCCCAGCUGGGUUAUGCGUCAGGCGACGAGCUCUGGAUCGGCCUGAAUGACAGAAGCACAGAGGGGCUGUUCGAGUGGAGCGACCACUCCAUGGUCAGCUUCACCAGCUGGGAAUUUGGGAAACCGCUGAGAUCGGAACGAGAAGACUGCGUCCUUCUGAGAGGAGAGAACGGUAACUGGGCCGACCGCUUCUGUGAAGAGAAACACGGAUUUAUCUGCAUGAAGCAAAGUUCUCCUGAAAGAACCGGAGACGAACUCGACAUGAACGUUGGCUGCAAAGCAGGAUGGAGAAAGCACGGCUCCUAUUGCUACUUCGUAGGAACUGAAACGAAGACCUUCGAUGAAGCGAAGGAGGACUGCAAGAGCUCCAACUCCUACCUUGCUGACGUUUCAAACGGGGUGGACAACGCCUUCCUGGUGAGCUUGGUGGGGCAGAGACCCGAGAAAAACUUCUGGUUGGGCCUUACAAACCAGAGGAACAUCGAUGCUUUCGUGUGGACCAACACAGACCAAGUGAAGUUCACCCACUGGAAUGCUGGGAUGCCUGGUCACGAACAAGGCUGUGUUGCUAUGGCGACGGGGGUUUCCGCCGGGCUCUGGGAUCUCCUUCCCUGCUCCAAUAAGGAGAAAUACAUCUGUAAGCAUCUGGCGGAGGGAGCCGUUUCCACCAUUCCACCACCGACUCAGACUGUCCUGCAGUGUGCAGAGGAGUGGACGCGGGUGGCUUCCAGAAACAUCUGCUACAAGUUUUUCACGGGACCUCGCUCAGACGAGAAGACCUGGUUUGAGGCCAGAGAUUACUGCAGGGCGAUAGGAGGAGACCUGAUGAGCAUCCACAGCGAGACAGACCUGAUUUCCAGAAGAGGUGGGAAAGCGUGGAUCGGGCUUCACAUCGCGGACCCAAACACUGGUUAUGUGUGGAGCGACGGAAGCCCAGUAAACUUUCAGCACUGGCAGGAGGGAGAACCAAACAACCACAACAACGCAGAAUCCUGCGCCGAAGUGCAGAUCUACAGCUGGGACGAGAACGGAUCCUGGAACGACGCCAACUGUGAAAGCUACAACGACUGGCUGUGUCAGAUCCGUGCAGGGGUAACUCCGAAACCACCUCCCAAUAACACUGCAACAGACUACAAUGUGACAGCUGACGGCUGGAUCAAGUGGAGAGGAAAAGAGUAUUUCAUUGACAAAAUGCCGCGGUCCAUGGAGGAGGCCCGUCACUUCUGCCAGCAGCACCACGGCGACCUGGCUUCCAUCGGCACUUUGGAGGAAAACGUCUUUUUAUGGAAACUGAUAUCCAGGAGCUACGGCGCUUUUUACAUCGGUUUGUCAGUAGAUCUAGACGGCUCUUAUUGGUGGACGGAUGGAUCUCCAAUCAUGUUCCAACGAUGGGACAAAGAUCAGCCGAGUACUGAGACCUAUGAUCACAACUGCGUCUCCAUGAAGUAUCACAUGGGUUUCUGGAGUACCUACAACUGUGGCAGAGAACUGCAGUCCAUCUGUAAACGGACGUUCUCCCCUCCGGUGAACACCACGGCAGCCCCCACUGCUCCCCCCAAAGGGGGCUGCACUCCCCCAUGGACGAAGUUUGACAAGAAGUGCUACAACAUCAUCAGUGAUCGUAAAACCAGCUGGCAGGAGGCGCGGAAGCAGUGCAUCCGCAUGCGCAGCACCUUAGUCUCCGUUCCAACCAAACAAGUGCAAGCCUUUCUGACCAUAAAAACUGCUGAUUUGGGAUCAAACUUCUGGAUCGGUUUGAGUUGUUUAAACCAGGAUGGAUUUUACUGGGCCGAUGGAAGCAGACGCUCCUACACGAAUUGGGGAUAUACUAAAAACCAGCGGCGUCCUGGCAUGUUUUAUCAGAGAUGGGGCGAGGAAGACUGUGUGAUGAUGAGCGGAAACUUUUCCAGUGGGAUCGGUAAAUGGAUCGUCAAAUCCUGCAAUGACACCUACGGUUUCAUCUGUCAAAAAAAACUUGAUGAAUCUGCACAAGACCAAGGCGGAUUCAUUAACCCAAGCAUCUACACGCGCUUGGGAAACGACAGCAUCAAGGCUCUGACUCAAAACCUCACCUGGGAGGAUGCCAUGAAAACCUGCAACGCCGACAAGGCCAACCUGGCCAGCAUUCGAAACGAAUGGACGAAAGCUCAGAUUGAUCUGCUGGCGUUCACCCUCAAAGCUCCACUGUGGAUUGGACUCAACAAAAACAAGACUGGAGGCUACUUUAAGUACAUUGACGGCUGGCACAUGAGCUUUGCCAAAUGGGCUGAACUGGAGCCGAGCAGAGACCGGCCCUGUGUGUACGUGGACCAGGACGGAAACUGGAGGACUGCUUUCUGCAACCAGACCAUGAAGAGCAUUUGUAUGCAGUCCACAGAUGUUCCUCUGCCAGAGACGGUGGAAUUUUCUGGACAAUGUCCCGAAGACACUAACGCAGAGUACCAGGAGAGCUACUCAUGGCUGCCGUACCGCGGUUACUGUUAUUUGUUUGUCACAGAAGAAAUCGAAUGGGCGGACGCAGCGGGCAGUUGUGUCAGGCACGGUGGAAUCCUGGCGAGCAUUGAAGAUCCUUUAGAGCAACAGUUCAUCAAAAGCAACAUAGAAACGUUUCAGGGUGUUCACAGCUCUUUCUGGGUCGGCCUGUAUAAGACACAUAAGGGGGAGUGGCUUUGGUUGGAUAAAACAGUUUUGGAUUACACUAACUGGGCUCCAGAUGAGCCGGACUCUGAAUUUGGAGCAGUCAUGACGACAGACGGAUCUUGGAGUACAGGUCGAAGAUGGCAUGACAGAUCAUACAUCUGCAAAACCCCUAAAGUGAUCAUCACUGAAUCAAAAACAGAUCGUCAGGAAGGUCGAGACUCCAACAGUCGAGUCCACUCCAGCUUGGUGGUCGUUCUGCUCAUCGCCAUCGUUUCCGCUCUAAUCGCUGUUGGAUUCUUCCUCUACAAGAGGUCUCCCCUUCCUCUGCCCACCUUUGAAAAUCCUCUGUACUUCAACAGCGAGCAGUCUCAGCCGGAUGUGGUCGACACCAACAGACUGAUAGAGAACGCAGAAACCCCGGAGCCCAUUUUAACUCUGUGAUUCUGAAAGUGGAGCCUAAACUCAGAAGUCACACUGAUGCGGUCUCACUUUGGGUUAUACACCAUGCAGUACAUAUUUGGUUAUUUAAUUACCAGGGAAGAGUUUCUGUGGAGUUGAUAACGCCCAACAACUCAGACCAGAACUAUUUAGACUCCAGGACAGGGGUGUCCAAAGCCAGUCCUCGAGGGCCGGUAUCCUCCAUGUUUUCCAACCAACCUUCCAUUGAAGCUCCUUACUGGGCAAACACACCUGAUCCAGGUAAUCAGCAGCAGAAAAGGGAGGAUUUCUGGAAAACCAGCAGGAGGCCAGCCCUCGAGGCCUGACUGGACACUCCUGCUCUAGGAUGUCUCAGUCCGAGUGAGAGAGGACUUUCUUUGAAUGUAUAUAAAAGGUACUGAUACCUCACAUGCUGUGCAUUGCUUGUAUUUCUCUAAUCUGUAAAAACCUCACUGAUUGUCACAUUAAAACAAACGUUACACAAACCGUGA